AUGAAUGCACCAGACCGUUUUGAACUUUUUAUUUUACCCGAUGGUGUCCCAAAACUUCAAAUAACACCAGAUUCUCGUGUUCCUAAUUGUUUACUCAUCAAAUUCGAAAGAGAAGAUCAUACUCUAGGUAACUUAUUGAGAGAAGAACUAAUUAACGACCCAAAGGUUUUGUUUGCUGCUUACAAAAUAGAGCACCCGCUCUUUGCAAACUUUAUGAUGAGACUCCAAACUGAAGAAGGCUAUAAUCCUAGAAUAGCGUUAAAAGCUGCCUGUAAUAGAUUAAUCCAAAAAAUUAGUGUAUUAAAUGAAAAAUUCAAAAGAGAAUGGGAUCUGAAAGCUUUGUUAUCUGCUACUGAAACUGAGGAUGAGAUUUGA